GUUUUGCAGACGUUGUCAAUCUCUCUGGUCUGACUUUGGAGCUUCUUCCCUGAAAUUGAUAAGGAAUCUGAAGUGAAGUCAACGAUGGAAAGAGCAGAGAAAGAAGAGGUGGUGGUGGAAAUAUCAGAAGAUAUUAUUAACAAUAUCGAAAGACUACCAGAAGGAUGCAUAUCUGACAUCCUAUCCCUAACAUCACCUGCGGAUGCCUGUAGGUCUAGUCUGGUUUCAACUCUUUUCAAAUCUGCAGCUGAUUCUGAUGCUCUCUGGGAGAAAUUUCUGCCGGCCGAUUAUCAAGACAUCAUUUCUCGAGCAUUUUAUCCUUUUCUUUCAGUUGCCUCAUCUAAGAAAGAGUUAUAUUAUCGACUAUGCGAUUACCCACUUCUGAUUGAUGGUGGUCUUAAGAGCUUUCAGUUGGAAAAAUCUAGUGGAAAGAAAUGUAUCAUGCUCGGAGCAAAGGAGCUUGGAAUUGCUUGGGGAGACACUCCUCGGUACUGGUAUUGGCGAGGUUACCCUGGCUCCAAGUUUCCUAAGGUAGCCGAACUGAAGUGGGUAUGCUGGCUUGAAAUCCGCGGGAAGCUGGAUACGAGAUUUCUAUCACCAAAGACCUUCUACACAGCUUACCUUGUGCUAAAGUUCCACGAACGUGUUGUUUAUGGAUUAGAUUACCAACCUAUAAAGGCCAAAGUCGAAGUCGUUGGACGAGCUGGUGGUAACAGUAGUUUGUGUAACGAAGAGAGAUGUAUCUACUUAACUGCCAAUCGCGAACAUGCUUCACGGAAUCCGAAGUUGGAAGGUCAAUACUUUGCAAGGGAGAGAGGAGAUGGGUGGAUGGAGGUUGAGCUGGGUCAUUUCUAUAAUGAAGAAUCAGAAGACGACGAGGGCGGGGAGGUGCAUAUGUCUGUGCUUGAGACUGAGAGGUUAGGAGCCAAGUAUGGCAUUAUUGUCCAAGGUAUGGAACUUAGACCCAAGGCGGGCACACAAAUACCGUAAAACCCCUAAAAUUUCUUUGUGAUUUUGUUUGAAAUAUUGGCAAAAGAUGUUUGAUACCACUGUCAUUCCUGUAUUUAUAUUCCUGUUGAGAAAAUAUUACACAUACGCUAUGGAGUUGUUAUUGUGAAUUGUCUUGAAAAAAGAUGUAUUAUUUUCAUUUCCCUUUUACUCGGUUACUAAUGUUGAAAAUUCUAUA